GCCUAUGCUUCUCCAUACGUUGUGAGGCUCCGAUGCACGGACACAUCCUCACAGUCCUCAUCGAUGUUGUUGUCUUCGCUGAGUUGUGCAGGCAUGCAGAGGCCAUGUCUCACCACGCAGAAGUUCUCUCGGAUGGAAGCGUCCAGAAGGACUCUCUUGUGAUGCGUCGAGAGAUGAGCCGAGCGAAUGAAUGUUGGCGGGACGAGUCUUGGACCUCGGAGUGCCCGAAGUACGACCAGAAGAGAUGCACAAGCUACACGGAGAAAGAGUGCACCUCGAGCUGCAGUACUGGCCAAAUAUGCCUGAAGCUGCAGAUGAGCCCCGUCAGCUACACCUGCUGCACUGAUGCGACCGCCUCCGCCUGGAGUACCUCUGCGUCCGUCACAGCGUCCGAGGACAAGGCCAAGCCGUCGGACAACCAGGAGCUGCACGCCAAGAAAGCAGAUGCGGAAGGUACUGGGAAGCAUCGGCAGUCUGGUGACGACACUGCCCACUCCGACAAGGACAAGGAAAGCAGCCAGGAGCUGCAUAGCAAAGCGGACGUGGAAAGUCAGAAGAAGUCCAAGGAACCUGGCAAAGACGGCACCCACAGCCGCGACAGCGACAAGGGAAGCGACGACAAACCUCCACUUGAAGAUAAGCUAUCUGCCCUUGAGAAGAAGAAGAGGGAGGCUGAAGAGCAAGUGAAGAAGCUUGAGGAGGAGAGGCAGCGACUCGCCAAGGAAGCGGCCAAGGACAGCGAGAAGUCGCAGGCGCCUCACCAGGAAGCCGGGCCAGAGGAGCAACCGCAUGAGGAGUCGGGAGCACCAAAAGAUCUACCGUUUUCAGGAGGCAGGGCCUUCGAGGCGCAAAUCUUCGGCGAAAAGCUCGAGGAAGCUUGA